AUGGAAGGUUCGUUUUCCAAUGUCAUGAACCACACCGACCGGAACGACCUAGGCAAUCCCCCGAUGGUUAUCCAGCAGUAUGCGAGAUACCCGCCCGCUCUGGAGCCUGGGUUGCAAAGCGCAUCCUCACUGGGAAGCGCCCCCAGUCGGCUACCAGCCUCCAAAUCACCCCCGCUCAACCGCAAGGAGACGCCUCGCAGUUUGCAGGCAUCACCGACAGGCGUGCGAUCGGGAGUUCCCCCAGCAUCAGCACCCACCACGCGCUCAGGUCCCUCCAUGUCGCCCCCUAUGUUCGACCCUCUUCGCCAAAGGGCACCCAGAGAGUCGAUUGCUGACCAGCCAGAAUCUCGGUCGCUGCCAUCUCGCGAUAUUAAGGAUGAUACCAUCGACGAUGCCUAUGUGAAUUUUAUCUUUUACUGCAACCCCAAUGUUCCUCUUUCGGUAGAUACUAGCGAGCUACGAAAGACAUUCCGAUCGCCUCCCCGAAGCGAUGGCAAGAGCUUCAGUAUUUUCACCCUCUGGGAACUCAUUCGGAAACUUGACAACAAAGAACUGAAGACUUGGAUCUCUCUCGCCACUGAGCUUGGGGUCGAGCCGCCUGUAAUGGAAAAGGGACAGAGUACGCAAAAGGUUCAACAAUAUGCGGUCCGUCUAAAGCUUCCUGCGAACAAUGCAGUUGUCAGCGACAGCCGCGACGGUGUCCCAUUAGAGGAGGAUCUAGCGCUGAGAGCUCUUGUGCCCCAGUGGAAACCAAAACGGGGCAGGAAAAGGGCCGAUGAAAGAGAUUUUGGGCUUGACAGAAUAUCCAAGCGACCAUCCUUAGACACUUCCGUUGGCAUCCUACAUCCCGGCUCGUUUCCCUCGCACUCCGCCACAUUCCCUCACAGUGCUAUUCCAUUUAGCGCUUUCCCCGAUGAAAUGGAACCUAAUGAUCCGUGGGUAGCUGCUUCGUCAACGUUUACCGCUGGGUCUUCGGAGCCAGCGACCAGCCAACAGGGGCAAGAUGGUCGUUGGAAGCCACUUGAUCGCAUUGCAUCUCCCGCCGGUUAUCCACAGUCAGCCAUUAUGCCUCGAGGUCAUCAUCCACCCGAGGUCUACAUGCAUCCCAUCGAACCACGAUCUGCAGUCACGCCCUCAUCGGGUGAUAAGCCACGUCCCAAAAGACGACAUGGCCCUGCAGUGUCAUCCGCAUGGCCUAACAAUACCGGAUCAUCCACUGGCAAGACUCGCGGAAGGCCACCAAAUAGAGGGACCGUCUCUGGGCCCUUUUCUUCGUUCCCGGUUAACCCCAAUCGCACUGAUCCUCCUCAUGUGCAACAUUCCAAUGUUAGGCCUUCGCCUACCUUCGUUGUCGACCAUGACUCUUCUAGGAGAUUCUCUCAAUCUCAGUACCAACAAUCCCCCACCCCGCUCCCUGGCGGUCGGCCAAACAAGCUGCAAUUGCAGGUACCGCAUCACUCGGGCGCGCCUGUGCGCCUUGCCACCCCGCCAACACUGAUGGUCAAUGGCGUCAACAACCCAUCGAACUCUUUGAAGGUCGAGGAAAACCAGCGAAACGGGGCUUUAGCACCCCAUCAAAUGAAUACCACAAUUGCUCCUAAUCCUCCAAUUCCUACGGCUCGAAACGGUCAUCCUGUAAAUGCAGAUAUAAUCACCGAAGACGCUGUGCGGGUAUUAACGAGUGACUUGCUGCGAGCCAAAGUCACCGGCCGCCCAGCGCCUCUCGGUGCUGAGGAGGCACGGAGCUUGGCAGUGACCAUAUUGACGACCCUAACGGCGUCAUAUUCCCAAACCCCAUUUGGGUUUCCAGUUCUAAUGUCCGCGCUUCAUCUUGGGCUAGGACACCAUUUCGGUUACCCAGGGGUCACGGAGAGUACCAUGAUCGUCCACGUCGAACUGGCCCCUGUCCCAUCCGCUCUCGUGCAGGGGGCUCCGGGCCCUGAUGGGACGCAGUCAAAUUUCAUAUACAGCGUAGCCCAUGAAUACAAGCAUGGGCUUCGUUUUAAAACCAGAGUGACGUACGGAGAUUUCGCUCUCGGAAAAGGCGAUAGCAACAAGCGUGAAAGCAUAUCCAGGGCCACUGAGGAGCUUGAUAAUAACAUUACCGAGGUGGAUAGUCUGGAUGAUGCAGAAUUCGAAGUAGACGGAGCGGAUGGUAAUGUGUCCGAAAUGACCUGGAAACAACGGUACAUGAAGGCCCGGGCUCAGUUGCAGAAGAAGGAGCGCUCGUUGUCCCUGUACAAGCGCAAGAUUCUCGAGUCGGUCAUGACGGAUAUUUAA